GAGGGAAAUGUGUGAGGAGUGUGUGAACUGGCUAGUGACAGUCAGAUGAAGUUUGGGUCGGAGUUCAUACAAGAAGAAAGAGGGAGAGAGAGAGACUGCCAAUAGACAGAGACCGAGCCUAGAACCUGCAGCUGGCGAGCAGUUUGUGUUAAACUGACAUCAAACACAGACAUCAGAGAGCUCACAGACACAGAGAGAGCUGCACCCACACACUCUGACCGGAGCAGCCUGAGCUUUCCUAAAGGCAGGGGAAGCCUUUAGCAAAGCCCGGAGCACGGUUUAAAGAGCCCGGGUUCCUAAAGGCUAUUCCCCUGAGCUCCAGCAUCUUGCAAGAUCCCACCGGAGCCCCUACACCACCAUCCCCUUCCCUCCCCAGCUCCGUCAGCCACUAUGGAUAUCCUGGAUAACUUUGGAGUAGAGAAACUCUUCGCGGCUUCAAGCCUUGUGGAUUUGGAAGAUUUGAACGAAGCCGAUUUCCUCACCAAUGUGCAUUUCGCCGAGAACCUGGACGAUUUCUCCAACGAGCUGUUCAGCAGCUUUUUCGAUGACCCACUACUGGUCGAGAAGAACCCUUUGCUCGACAUGGAUCUUGACCCAGCCACUCCAGACAUCCAGGCGGAGCACAGUUACUCUCUGAGCGGAGACUCCGCCCCACAAAGCCCAGUCAUGCCAAUCAAGAUGGACGAGUUCGGCAAAGAGGCGGAUUGUGGACUUUGGUCCCUGGCACCGGACCUGACCCAUAUCAUGAUCAAACAGGAGCCAAACCUAUUGCCAGAGCCCUGCCAUGUCUCCCAAGCAACACAGAUAACAGCUCUCUCUGGACAACAUAUGAGCUCUGCUCCACCAUCAAACACCACAGACGAACCGGCCCAGACAGAAUCAAGCCCAAUGCCUCAAGUCAAAGUCGAACCCAAAGAUCUCAAUCAGUUCCUCAGUGUCCACACAGAUGUACAGCUGCCACCAACACCCCCCAGCAGUCACAGCAGCGACAGCGAUGGCUCUCAGAGUCCCCGGUCUCUCACCCCAUCCAGCCCAGCUCGACCACAGGCUCGGACGUCCAGUGCGAUUUCAUCGUCGCCCCUGCUCACAGCGCCUCACAAACUCCAAGGGACGUCAGGCCCUCUCCUAUUGACCGAGGAGGAAAAGCGCACUCUGAUCGCUGAGGGAUACCCAAUCCCCACCAAGCUGCCGCUCACGAAAGCUGAGGAGAAAGCCCUCAAGCGGGUCCGAAGAAAAAUCAAGAACAAGAUUUCUGCACAGGAGAGCCGGAGGAAGAAGAAGGAAUAUGUGGACAGUCUAGAAAAGAAAGUGGAGACUUACACUUCGGAGAAUAACGAGCUCUGGAAAAAGGUGGAGACCCUAGAGAACGUGAAUCGGACCCUGUUACAGCAGCUGCAGAAACUGCAGGCGUUGGUGGCUGGGAAGGUACCUCGCCCCUGUCGGGUGGCAUCAACACAAACAGGAACCUGCCUGAUGGUUGUGGUGGUCUGUUUUGUGCUAGUCUUGGGCUCCUUCAUGCCCUGUCUCCCAGAAUUCUCCACUGGCUCCCAGACAGUCAAAACAGCUCCACUGUCUGCAUCUGAUGUCUACACCACUAGCCAGAUUCGGUCCAGGAGCCUGCUGUUUUAUGACGAGGGGUCAUCCCUGGAGGAUCACUAUUCUGCUUUCUUCCCGGUGGAGAACUCAGAGAAGUGGGAGCUGUCAUCCAGAGACACAAAAGAACAGAAGAGGUCGCACGACAGAUCAAAUGAUUACAUCAGCUGGUCGCAGGAGACAUCCAAAUACCUGAGCAAUGCCCACGUGGAGGUGAUCGGGUCCAAUAAAACUGACCACAGGAAAUUAGUUCAGGAGAAAGCACAUCAUGAGAGAUGGGCAUCGACAGCUGUCAUCGCAGCCAAAUCUUUGUAACUGGACUGGCCUUUAAUUAACCCUUCGGUAGAGAUCCUUUUAUUUUGCAAGCCUAAGUGUUCGAUGUUUUUUUUUGCGUGUGCAUGGGAAUCUGUAUCAGAAUGUCUAUGUAUGGAUGUAUAUGUGUAUGUCUGUGUGUGUAAGUAUGCCUGUGUAUGAAUGUGUGCAUUAGAUUCUCUGUGUUGCUGUUCCUACCACAGUCUGCACUGAUCUGCCCCUGCCCCGUGUCCUUCACUAUUUUCAUUACUCCCACCGCAUUACUUGCUCAUCCCAUUACACUCUUCAAUAUCUUCACUGUGUCCUUUUCCGGUUCUCCCUUUGUGGCUUCUGCGGUUAGCACUGCAUUCCUCAUGAAUCUCACUUCCCUUACUUGGGAAUUCUCAAUGUGCCCCUGACCAUUUUCACUGUUUGCCACCGAUCCUGCAAUCUUUGGUUUGUUUCUCCCUGUUAACAAUGAGUUUCUCGCUAUUCUCACUGCACUCCUCACUAUUCUCAGCCUGCUCCUCAUUGCUAAUACUCGAGUUCCUCACUAUUUUCAAAGUGUUCCACGCUAUUCACAUAAUUGAUGGUUGGGUUUUGGCAUCUGUACGAUGUGAUCUAUAUUUGCACAAAUGAGGGGACCCUUGACACAAGAAUGGAAGCCGUGCAAAUAAGAGUGAACUACCUGAAUCAAAGUUUAAAAAUCACACUGUGCAAUACCACGGAAGCAUCCCGGUUAAACACGCUGUGGUUCUUAUCACUAAAUAAAGGUAAUUUUGAUUUUGUAUGGGGAUAAACUGGGCAUUGUUGUGUGUACAGGGUUGUCACUGUUUUCUUCAGUGUGUAGAAGCAUCUUUUAAUACGUCUACCACAAACCAACUUUCAUGAUGGAGAGUGUGGGAACAAUAUCCAGCUAACAUGUUAUAGCAGCUAUUUAGAAAUAAAAUGCUUCCUGUUGCAUUCAA